GCAAAUCACGGUGUGCGCUGGGCGGGCAUUGUAAAGCUGUAGUUGAGUGUUAGCAGCUAACUAGAGAAAGAAAGCUAACUAAUCGUGAGAGUGGAAGUGCAGCUAACGUUGAAGGAAAAGGCAACUGUCAAAACAGUAAAAAGGGGAACAGGAAUUUUAGCCAAGUCAAAACUGUCUUAGAUGGUUACAUGAAAGUACUUGUAGCUAGUUAAUGAAAGACCGUGUUUGUCAGAUGCCUGAGGAGCAUUUUGGAUACUUCUCCGCUUGUCCCAUUUCCAAACGGAAACCAUUUCUGGACAUACAGUUCGUGCUAGCUUGCUAGCUUAGUAAAUCAUCCAGGAGACUUUUUAUUGUCACCUAAAAACCCAAACUGAAUGUUUUGUCUGUCAUGAGUCCGGCCGGGUGCUCCCAUGUGAACGGUUAUAAGGUGGAUAAUUGGAAACAAAAUCUUCGAGUCAUAUACCAAUGCUUUGUUUGGAGUGGUACUGCUGAGACCAGGAGACGCAAGGUACUUCAGGGUGAUGCAGGAUGGACAGAGCUGGCCAAGUCGUGCAUCUGUCACAUGUGUGGCGCCCAUCUGAACCGGCUCCACUCUUGUCUCUACUGCGUCUUUUUCGGCUGUUUCACGAAGAAACACAUCCACGAGCACGCGAAAAACAAGAGGCAUAAUCUAGCGAUAGAUCUAUUAUACGGUGGAAUAUAUUGUUUUGUGUGUCAAGACUACAUAUACGACAAAGAAAUGGAACAAAUUGCCAAAGAGGAACAGAGGAAAGCCUGGAAAUUGCAAGGCAUUGGAGAGAAAUACACAACAUGGGAGCCAACCAAGAGGGAGCUAGAAUUACUACGACACAAUCCAAAGCGGAGGAAAAUCACUACCAACUGUACCAUAGGUUUACGAGGCCUAAUAAACCUGGGCAAUACGUGUUUCAUGAACUGCAUUGUUCAGGCUCUAACACACACGCCACUGCUGCGGGACUUCUUCCUCUCGGACAGGCACAAGUGCGAGAUGCAAUCAAACUCCUGUCUGGUGUGUGAGAUGUCGCAGCUUUUUCAGGAGUUCUACUCGGGCCACCGUUCGCCCCACAUUCCCUUCCGGCUGCUGCACCUGGUGUGGACCCAUGCACGUCAUCUCGCAGGCUACGAGCAGCAAGAUGCCCACGAGUUUCUUAUUGCAGCGCUGGACGUACUACAUAGGCACUGCAAAGGGGACACCAUCAGAGAUGACAAUGGGAAGAAGGCCAACAAUCCAAACCACUGUAACUGUAUCAUUGACCAAAUCUUCACCGGGGGCCUGCAAUCAGACGUUACCUGUCAAGUUUGCCAUGGGGUUUCCACGACGAUAGAUCCAUUCUGGGACAUCAGUCUGGACCUGCCAGGCUCAUCCACGCCUUUCUGGCCCCUCAGUCCUGGAGGGGACGGCAGCGCAGUCAAUGGGGAGAGCCACCUGUCCGGGUCUACCACGCUCACAGACUGCCUGCGCAGGUUCACGCGGCCUGAGCAUCUAGGAAGCAGUGCCAAAAUCAAGUGCGGUGGUUGCCAUAGUUACCAGGAGUCCACCAAACAGCUGACAAUGAAGAAGCUCCCAAUUGUAGCAUGUUUCCAUCUCAAACGCUUUGAGCACUCUGCUAAACUGCGGCGGAAGAUCACUACAUACGUUUCUUUUCCUCUAGAAUUGGACAUGACGCCAUUCAUGGCAUCCAGUAAAGAGAGCAGAAUGAAUGGGCAGUAUCAACAGACAGUUGACGUAUUAAACAACGACAAUAAGUAUUCCUUGUUUGCAGUGGUGAACCACCAAGGCACACUGGAAAGUGGCCACUACACCAGCUUCAUUCGCCAGCACAAAGACCAGUGGUUCAAAUGUGACGACGCCAUUAUAACCAAGGCCAGCAUUAAGGAUGUUCUCGAUAGUGAAGGGUAUCUCUUAUUCUACCAUAAACAGUUCCUUGAGUACGAGUAGUCUUUGUAACCACUUGACCAUGAAGAACCACUGCUUCUAAUGAGCGAGCCAAGGGACUGGGGACAAGAUGAAACACAAACACACAAACCUACCUGAAACUCUUUGACUACCAGUCUACGUCUCCAGCUCUGGAGGACAGAAACAAAAAGACGUGUGAAAUCAUGCAACUUUUCAAAAGAGGAAAAAAAAAUACAUCAGGCACUGAGGUACUUCUCGGCAUCUACUUGACAAAACUGAAUGAAGAGGAGAGGAAGAGUCGGGAUCCGGCGGUUCCAGGCCGGGAGCGAGGCAGGAGGCCUCUCCGUCCCCUCGCCGUGCUGCUGCAGGGGCAGAGUCUGAGCAUGACUGAGCGCUACGUUGUUCGGGCACAUCUGGGUUUUUCUUACGGUGUUCUGACCCCUCCACUCCACUACACCCCCCCAUCUCUCUCUCCCACGGUGCUCUUGUUUCAACUGACCAAGCAUUUAACUUAGUCACGAUUGAAGACAGUUCGUUGUCAUAUGCAUAUGGGACUGAAUGCAAAAAAAAGAAAAAAGAAUCAACGUAUUAUGAACUUUGCAAGAACAUUUGUAAAGGUAUGAUUCUUAUCAUUUGUGAAUUUAGUUAUGAAAUACUGUUCAAAGCUAGUAUAUGUUUAUUUUUAAACAGCAAAAAAAACAUGGAGAGGAUAGAGAUGCUGCCUUUGCCCGUUGCUGGGGAAGCGCUGCCAUGGAAACUAAACAGAUUUGGACCUGAGUGUGCUCAUGUUCCAUUAUUUACUGUGUUAAUUGUUUUAUUUUUACGUCUGGUUGAGGGCAGGGAAUAUCUAUUUUUUUUUUUUAGCAACUCAUUGAAUUUUCAAAUUUUGUUUACCGUUCUUUCAGUGUCUUCUUUUUUAAUUCAGUACAGUCAUUUGUCCCUCGCUGUUCUAGUACUGGAAAUGUUUUUGGUCGUGUUAUCUUUUCAUUCUUGUGGACUUGUUGGUAACGAUGGUAAUGAUUAAAUUGGCUCACCUUCGCUGUUUAUGAAUUGCAAGUUGAAUGUGAGCCUUGGGUUUUGUACGGCAUCCGGAGGAGCAGACUCGACACAUGAUGACGUCUUGUAUUUAUUGAAAAUGCUGUGGUCUCUUCCCAUUCAUCACCUUGAAUGCUCUGUUUAAAAAAAAAAAAAAAAAAAACAAACACGUCUCUUUGACAACACUGCAUGCGGCCAGGCUCGUGAUCCUAUAACGUGAACAAUUUCUCCUCCGCACUGUCUCGAGGCCUGCUGCCUGUCAUGAUUCUCUUAUAAUUUGGGCUUUGGAAGGUGAUCAUAUGAGACUUCUACUGAGGCGAAAACGCAUUACACGUAUAUGGGCGCUGCGACCACAGCGUAGCUAAGAAUCCAUCAGUGUUAAUCUUCUCCAUGGCAACCGUGCGGCUGGUGUAGACCGGCGCGGUUCCGUGGUGUGUCUUGCUUCUGGAGUGCAGGAAACCCAGUGCUCUAUUCAAUCCGUAUGCUGUCAAGUAAGACUUGGGUAAUGCACAUACACAUCAGCGUGUUGUGGUUUAUGGAUUUGAAUGUCACUGAUUGUGUAAGUAUAAAAAGUUACUCGUGUAUAAGAUGAGGGCCCUAACCCGUCACAAAUAAUGCCACAUUAAACCACAAGCUGCUGCCGAACUCGGCCGGAGGACAGUGAAAGCGAAGACUAUGGUUUUAGUGCAUCACGGAGCAGUUGAGACCACCUAAGGACAUUCAGGGAAGCAGCUGAAACGACAAGGAAGAGGAGAGCUUCAUUAUCCGUUUCAGUGAAUAAACUCAGAACAAAACUGGAAAACAAAA